UCCAGUUUUACACGGUUUGUUUUCUCACUGUCACCUGCUGUAUUUCCAUGGCUGGACUCUGGAUGGCGCUGCAACACGCUGAAGCCAGCAAAACCCACAUAUAUUCACACUCACAUCAGUGUUUUGUUCUUCCCCUUCACCUGUGAGCCUGUGUGAAUCUCAUGAAACCUGUCAACAUUUCCCAUAUUUCAUCCCAAAAUCAUAUGGUAAAAAAACUAUAUUUUAACCUACUUUUGGAGAAUUUAAAUUUGCAUAAUGAUGUUUUUAUGGCAGUUAACUCCCCAAAACUGUGAGAAGUGUUUGUUGUACAACCUUUCAUUUAUUAAUAAACUAUACAUGCAAUACCAUAAUUAAAAGUGCAAUAUUACAUUAAUGAGAAUCAAUAUCAAAUUAAAUUUACGCUUUAAAGCUGAUUUGAAUUCGUUUCAUAAUUGGCAAAUUUUGCAACAUCGACACUAUUGCACUGAACUGAGCUGAAUAAUGAAUUUGUCUCACAUUUGAUGAAGUUUGCAUCAUUGAUUCUGUUAUUUUCCUCUUUAUUACUGUGAUGCUGCUUUGAAACAAUCUGUACUGUAAGUGCUGUAGAAAUAAAGCUGACUUGACUAUUAAGAAAAAUGACAAUUGCAAAUAUGCAGAUACAUUAUGAUAAUGAGAUUUAUUGCAUUUAGAGUAACAGGAAUUUGAGGAAAAUGUGCUUAUGUUGUGAAAAUAUUACAAUGCAAACCAUUUUAUUACUAGUAAAAAUAGGUUUCAUUUCCUUAAUAUACAACAUCAUUUUUUUUAAUGUGACCCAGACAUGUUUCAUGUGAUUAUGUAUAUAUAUUUGUGUGUGUAUGUGUGUGUGUGUGUGUGUGUGUGUGUGUGGAUCUGAACACUCCUGCACGCUGACAUUCACUCAAUGAUCUGAGUCACUGAAGGACUAUCCGUUACAGGAAAGAUAAGGUUCAGUCUAAACAGACUCCGGUGUUCGUGGUGGUGUCGGGAGUGAAGGAUCUGUCUAACGGCUGCGCCAUCGCUGCUGCGCUUCACUUCUACUGCCCUCAGAUUCUGCCUCUGGAGGAUGUGUGUUUGAAGGACACCAUGUCCCCGGCAGACAGUAUGUACAACCUCCAGCUGAUCAGAGAGUUUUGUGAAAGUCACCUGAAGAUCUGCUGCCCCCUACAGCUGGAGGAUUUACUGUAUGCCCCGCCCGUUUUACAGGUGAACAUUAUGUGCUUCCUUUCGGAGCUGUUUGCCACCUUCGAAGUGCAGAAACCAGAUUUCGUCAAACCCAUGCACACACUGGACCUAACAGAUGCAUCUGAUCUGGUCGACUGCACGAGUCCGAUCAGUGGCAACAGUGGCUCCCCGUCUUUCCUUCUGAAGCAGUCGCUCCUGCCUCAGUCCCCCUCUGUGUCCGAAGGACGGGGCUGGAGCAAAAAGCAAAUUAGCCGUCCGCUCUCAGCUGUGACCUUCAGCAUCCCAUUCCCACUGGACAGUGAUGUUGAUGUUGUUAUGGGCAACCCUCUCUUCCGUUCUGUCAGCACGGACAGCCUCACCAUGGUGACCAACCCUGGCUCUUACACGCCCCCAGAGGAUCUGAGUAAGCUCAUUGGUCAGGCUCCUCUAGGAGAGUUGCCUACCAUAGAAGAAGCUUUACAGAUCAUUCAUACCGGCCGUCCAGUACACAACGAGCCUCGUAUGCGGCCAGAGGGGGCGCCGUCUGGCUUUUACCUCCACUCGCCUGAAGAGGGUGGAGCCAGACUAAGCAGCUCCGCCCCCUGCCGAACAGGGAUGAUGUACCGACCAAUAGGAGGAGGGAUUAAUAGCAGUGGGAACCGAAAACGGCAACCGGUAGGUUCACAAGAACACAAUGGAAGUGUAGAGUGUGACACACCAGAAAACUCCCCCAAAACCUCCUCCAGUCCAGCCAACGGACCCAAGACUGGUCGCAUGACAAACUUUGCUGAACGCAGGAAGAUGAUACCAGAAUCCCCAAGUAAUUCCAGGUCCCAGGACGUAGCGUCAUUGUGCAGCCCUGCAGAGAUGAGCCCUGUUGGGGCAGUGGAGGCGCAGGAGCUGGGUGCACGUCUGGAGGAGAAACGCAGAUCAAUUGAAGCUCAAAAGAGGCGGAUUGAGGCCAUCUUUACCAAGCACAGGCAAAGGCUGGGCAAAACUGCCUUCCUUCAGCUCCAGAAGAAACAGGGGGAAGAGGUGGAAGACGACGGACAGUCCCUCACCCUGGAUGAACGACUGACACAAAUGGAGCAGCAACUUCAACAAGAGGAGGAAAGAGAGAAGGAGGAGGAGAAGAAGAAACUGGAGGAGGAAAAGAAGAAAGAAAAGGAUGGGGAACAGAAGAAGAGCACCAAUGAUGUAUCCCCACCUAAACUGGAGAAACAGGUGACCUUCUCUGUUGAAACAAAGAAAGAGGUAGAGAAAGAGCCACCGUUGGUGGAAUAUAAUGAGGCAGUAGCUAAGCUAAGCUCCACCCUACAGACCCUACAAAGAGACAUGCAGCGCCUUACAGAUCAGCAGCAAAGGCUCAUGGGAAAGAAAACUCUGAGUUCUCCGAAAAACAACUCAAAUAAAACACCAGCCUCCGGUAAGGCCUGGGUCAUCCCAGCUGGUCCUAAAUCCCCUGCUACACCCCCUCAUCUUUCUAGAGACUCCACCCGUAUCAUUUCACCCUCUGGAUCUCCAUCACGUUCCGGACAACCUUCGGACACACCCAGAUCCCCUAAAAGCUCAGCAUCAUCUGCCCCACGCAGAUCCCGUGGAGCUGCUCCUAAGAGCCCCAAACGUCAACGUCCCUCCCGCCCCACGGACCUCGGCUUCCAGCCUCUCACACGUGUCCUAACGCCCCCACAGAAUGUGGACACGCUUCCUCAUCUGCGGCGAGUCUCUCCAAGCCAGUGUCAGGUGCAGACUUGCUCCUCACUGCGAUUUGGAGGUCCACGUACACCUCAGGACUCUCCACUGCAACCUGCUCAGCCUCAAGAGAGCACAUCAGAAUCAGGGUCCAGCGAUCAUAACACUCCAAUCUUCACCCUGGAGCUGGAGGCUGGACCUCCGUCUGCGCUCCCAGCUGAACUGUUAGGAGGUGGGAGCAGUUCGGGAGCCCCGUCAGAGUGCUCGUUUGAAAGCGACAUGCUCCUCAGCAGCGCCCUGGUGAAAGAUGAAACCGAGGGUGCGGGGACGGUGGGAGACGACACAGAUCUGGAACAGGGUGCAGAAAUAUUCUCAUCAGAUUCCAUGAGUGACCAAACAGAGAAUGAGAGCAGGCUGGGACUUGAUGUGUUCUUUAAGGAGGAGGGUCUAUCAGAGGAGGAGAUGGCCCAGAAAAGGGCUCUGCUGUUGGAGAGGCAGCAAAGACGUGCACAAGAGAUCAAGAAACGGGCAAGAUACGGGCAAGAACCUGAGAACAGUCAACAGGCUUCUGUGGAUGACCUGCAAGCCUCUCAAACUCCACUGCUUUCACAGUCACUACCCACCUCGUACACCCCACCCCCUCCUUCAAAGGCCACGCCCCCAGGCACACCCUUGCGUCGGGGCGCAUUCACACGGGCAGAGUAUGAAAGGCGCCAGCAGCUGAAGAUAAUGUCUGAUCUAGAGAAGGUUCUAAAACAGAAACCAGCAAAGCACAGUGGCAAAAAACAGCACACACACAAACCGCACAACAACCAUGAGCUCACUCACACACGCUCGCCAGGGAAGAACAAAACAGCUGUAGCUAUCCAGAAAGAUGGCAGAUCUCUACCAACUGAAAAACCAGCAAGUCGUUCAGAGUCACCCUCAAAGGUGAUGUCAUCAGGGAAACUGGCAAAUCAGAAUGGAGAGAAAGACUGGGAGCAAGCCUCCAAUGCCUCCUCUCCAGCCUCACUCCCAGAAUACACAGGUCCUAAAUUAUUUAAGGAACCCAGUUUUAAAUCCAACAAGUUCAUCAUUCACAACGCGCUCUCACGCUGCUGCCUCGCUGGCAAGGUCAACGAAUCCCAGAAAAACAAGAUUGUAGAGGAGAUGGAGAAGAGCUCCGCCAGCCACUUCCUUAUUCUCCUGCGUGAUUCCAACUGUCAGUUCCGUGCCAUCUACACCCUAGACGGCCAGUCGGAGGAGCUGCAUCGACUGUGCGGCGUCGGCCCGCGUGUCAUUUCCUCGUCGGCCGUGGAGGCCAUUUAUAAAUACAGCUCUGACAGGAAACAGUUCAAUACACUUCCAUCUCGUACCCUGAGUAUGAGUGUUGACGCUUUCACUAUCCCCGCCCAUCUCUGGCACACUAAGAAACACGGCACGCCCAAAAAAGUAGCCACACCCAAAUAGGCCACUCCCACCAUUAUAAAGACUUGUUUGCACCAAGAACAAUAAUUUUAACAAUAUAAGCACCUACUUGAAUGUACAAUAGCUAAAAUGAUAAUUAUAAUGAUAACUAUAUUAACGUCCACACCAACGGACAAUAUCGUUCUCUUUAUAUAAGCGCGCUGCAGUUUUGUCGUCUGUCUCUUUAAAGCAGGAUGGAUUCUGAUUGGCUGUCAAUCUUUCUUUGUUCAUCAGCUGGAAACAUUCACUCUGAAAGUGAUUCCGGUGAUAUCUUUCCUCUCUGCAGUUAUCAUUAUAGUUGUGGUGUGGACAUUGUUAUUCUCAUAGAGUUACAGCGAUUAUUAAAAACUUUGGAAUUAUGGUUAUCAUAGUUAUAGUUAUUGUUGUUGGUGUGAACGAACCUUAAACCUCUCCGGCCCAGACACACCUACUAUAAGUGCCAUUCCUCUAAAAAUAAACAUCUUACCAGCACUAAACACAUGACACAACAAUCUGUGUAAUGAAUUUUAUGAUCACCGAAAGACCUUCUCAUGUUUUCUGACUCUGCAUGAAGACGUAGACAAGCCCUGAGGUUUUCACGCAACUAAAGACUGAAGAAACCAUACAUCCUUUCUGCAUGUGAAUGUUCGGUUCAGUCCACAUAUCUCUUGACAGUCACACCAACUAAGCACUUGCAGCAUUUGUCUCCCAUUUUUAUGCUCUAUAUUCUCUGCUCUUAUAGAUACAAAUUUUUGAAUCUCUGUCUACUGUAGUUUUAGUGAGAAUCAGUUUCACUGUCAAUCAUCUGACUGGCUAGAUGAUUUUAGAGAUCUCCUGCUGCUUGUUCUCUUUUACAUUAUUGCAUCAGCCUUUCCGUUCCUCAUGUGCUGAAUCUGUGUGGAGUAAAUGACUCUCGCUGUCCUCCAGAGACGUCCAGCCGUCCAAAGACUGUGAGGCACCAUAGGAGUUGGUGUCUGGACUCUGUUGCACAGAGUUUGUGAGCUGAGUAUGGAUCAGUGGAUCACAUCUCUGAGAACCUGAUCCUGGAUCAGUAUUAAAAAGCCAUUGAACCUCCAUCAUAAUCAUACAGCAUUGGUGGCUUGUGUGCUGUGUGUGUAGAGAUUCCCUUCGGGUGUGUGUGUGUGUGUGUGUGUGUGUGUGUGUGUGUGUGUGUGUGUGUGUGUGUGUGUGUGUGUGUGUGUGUGUGAAGGGCUGCUGGAAUGUUUUCUAAUAUGAGUUUUGACAUCAUGUUUGUGUGUGUUUUCCUGAUCCAUGAUGAUGAUGAUGAUGAUUUUAUGUGGUGAUGAACAUUUAGAUCAAUAAAAUCAUUUCUAACAUUUCAA